AUGGCUGCUCAUGGAGGAUGGAAAGUCAGUUGCGCUUGGGCGCUCGAGCGGUGACAGUCUGCGGUAUCUCUCCAACUUCGAUCUGGAGCAAGUGCGAAUAACUGAAGGAUAAAUCAAAGUGCCAAUAGAAAGUGUCGACUGUCCAUCAUAAUGGAGCGGGAUGAGGUGUCCACCUCGACCAGCGAGGGCAAAUCCCUGGAGGAGACGCCCACGGCUGAGGGUCUGGAGCCCACGGAGCCCAUCGCGUUCCUGAAACUCUUUCGGUUCUCCACGUACGGGGAGAUCGCCUGGCUGUUUUUCGGAUUCAUAAUGUGCUGCAUCAAGGCCCUGACCCUGCCCGCCGUGGUCAUCAUCUACAGCGAGUUCACAUCCAUGCUGGUGGACCGAGCCAUGCAGUUUGGCACCAGCUCAAAGGUCCAUGCCCUGCCGCUCCUUGGAGGUGGUAAAACUCUUACGAAUGCAUCUAGGGAGGAAAACAGCGAAGCACUUUACGAUGACUCUAUAUCGUAUGGCAUUCUCUUGACCAUCGCUUCGGUAGUAAUGUUCAUCUCAGGGAUUUUCUCUGUGGAUGUCUUUAAUAUGGUGGCCCUACGUCAAGUCACAAGGAUGAGGAUUAAGCUCUUCACAUCCGUGAUACGUCAGGACAUCGGUUGGCACGAUCUGGCCAGCAAGCAAAACUUUACCCAGAGCAUGGUCGACGAUAUCGAAAAGAUUCGCGAUGGCAUCUCUGAGAAAGUGGGUCACUUUGUAUACUUGAUUGUGGGUUUCAUCAUAACUGUAGCCAUUUCAUUUGGCUACGGCUGGAAGCUCACCCUAGCUGUGAGUUCUUAUAUACCUCUGGUGAUCCUGCUUAAUUACUAUGUAGCUAAGUUCCAAGGCAAGCUAACGGCUCGAGAACAGGAAUCCUAUGCAGGAGCUGGUAAUUUGGCAGAGGAAAUUCUGAGUUCCAUUCGCACUGUGGUCUCCUUCGGUGGAGAAAAGUCAGAGGUGCAGCGCUACGAGAACUUCUUGGUCCCAGCUCGAAAGGCCAGUCAGUGGAAAGGAGCCUUCUCGGGGGUCAGUGAUGCUGUUUUAAAGGCCAUGUUAUAUCUGUCCUGCGCCGGAGCGUUUUGGUAUGGAGUCAAUCUCAUCAUCGACGAUCGAUAUGAGGAAGACAAGGAGUAUACACCGGCUAUUCUGAUGAUUGCAUUCUUUGGCAUCAUUGUGGGUGCGGAUAACAUAGCCAGAACGGCACCAUUCCUUGAGUCCUUUGCCACCGCCCGAGGUUGUGCCACCAACCUGUUUAAGGUCAUCGAUUUGACCUCCAAGAUCGAUCCACUUUCCACAGAUGGCAAGCUAUUGAACUACGGUCUUCGUGGUGAUGUGGAGUUCCAGGACGUCUUCUUCAGAUAUCCCUCCCGUCCGGAGGUUAUAGUUCAUAGGGGACUAAAUAUCAAGAUCAGAGCAGGUCAAACCGUGGCCUUGGUUGGUUCCUCGGGCUGUGGAAAGUCCACUUGCGUCCAGUUGCUUCAGAGGUUCUACGAUCCUGUUUUUGGCUCAGUGCUCCUGGACGAUUUGGAUAUUAGGAAAUACAAUAUCCAAUGGCUGAGAUCGAAUAUUGCCGUCGUGGGUCAGGAACCUGUGCUGUUUUUGGGCACAAUAGCACAAAACAUAAGCUAUGGAAAGCCAGGAGCCACACAAAAAGAGAUCGAGGCAGCAGCCACUCAGGCGGGGGCUCACGAGUUCAUCACCAAUCUUCCAGAGAGCUAUCGUAGUAUGAUUGGUGAGCGGGGCUCGCAGCUGUCCGGAGGACAGAAACAACGCAUAGCCAUCGCCCGAGCCCUGAUUCAGAACCCCAAGAUCUUGCUGCUGGAUGAGGCCACUUCAGCUCUGGAUUACCAAUCGGAGAAACAGGUCCAACAGGCCCUGGACUUGGCCAGUAAAGGACGCACAACCAUUGUUGUAUCCCAUCGAUUAUCAGCCAUUCGGGGUGCAGAUAAGAUUGUUUUUAUCCAUGAUGGCAAAGUUUUGGAAGAGGGUUCUCAUGAUGAUCUGAUGGCUCUUGAGGGUGCCUAUUACAACAUGGUUCAUGCAGGCGACAUCAACAUGCCCGAUGAGGUGGAAAAGGAGGAGACCAUUGAGGAAACCAAAAGAAAAAGCCUGGCUCUGUUUGAAAAGUCCUUUGAGACCAGCCCCUUGAAUUUUGAGAAAGGACAGAAGAACAGCGUCCAGUUUGACGAACCCAUCAUAAAGGCACUCGUAAAGGACACCAAUGCCAAGAUAGUCGAUGCUCCCGCCGAGAAACCCAACUUCUUCCGCACAUUCUCAAGGAUCCUCAAGCUUGCCAGACCCGAGUGGUGCUAUCUCAUUCUGGGAACCAUAAGCGCCAUAGCCGUGGGUUGUUUGUAUCCGGCUUUCUCAAUCAUCUUUGGUGAAUUCUAUGCCGCCCUGGCUGAACAGGAUCCGAAGAAUGCCUUAAGUCGCACGGCCGUGCUUUCCUGGGCUUGUUUGGGCCUGGCUUUCCUGACUGGCUUGGUCUGCUUCCUGCAAACCUACUUGUUCAACUACGCAGGCAUUUGGCUGACAACCAGAAUGCGAGCCAUGACUUUCAAGGCGAUGGUGAGUCAGGAAAUUGGAUUUUUCGACGAUGAGAACAACUCGGUGGGAGCUUUGUCCGCUCGCUUGUCCGGCGAGGCGGUUGGGGUCCAGGGAGCCAUAGGAUAUCCCCUGAGUGGUAUGAUCCAGGCCCUGUCCAACUUUAUAUCGAGUGUCAGCGUUGCCAUGUACUACAACUGGAAGCUGGCCCUCUUGUGUUUGGCCAAUUGUCCCAUCAUUGUUGGAUCUGUUAUCCUAGAAGCCAAAAUGAUGUCCAACGCUAUAGUGAGGGAAAAGCAGGUGAUUGAGGAGGCUUGUCGCAUUGCCACCGAAUCCAUAUCCAACAUACGCACUGUUGCCGGACUGAGAAGGGAGGCUGAUGUCAUUCGGGAGUACACGGAGGAGAUCCAGAGAGUGGAGGUGCUGAUCCGCCAAAAGCUAAGAUGGCGAGGAGUCCUUAACUCCACCAUGCAGGCGUCGGCCUUCUUUGCUUAUGCCGUGGCCCUCUGCUACGGAGGUGUUUUAGUGUCCGAAGGUCAGCUGCCCUUCCAGGAUAUUAUCAAGGUGUCGGAAACCUUGCUGUAUGGCUCCAUGAUGCUGGCCCAAUCCCUGGCCUUUACCCCUGCCUUCUCCGCUGCCCUGAUCGCGGGUCAUCGCCUCUUCCAGAUCCUGGAUCGCAAACCCAAGAUUCAGUCACCCAUGGGUGCUAUCAAAAAUACUCUCGCCAAGCAGUUAAAUCUCUUCGAGGGUGUACGCUAUCGGGGUAUUGAAUUCCGAUAUCCCACACGACCUGAUGCAAAGAUUCUCAAUGGUUUGGAUCUCGAGGUGCUCAAGGGUCAGACGGUGGCCUUGGUGGGUCAUUCCGGGUGCGGAAAGUCCACUUGUGUGCAGCUGCUACAGCGAUACUACGAUCCCGAUGAGGGGUCUAUACACAUAGAUCACGAUGACAUCCAGCACGAUCUGACCCUCGAGGGGGUAAGGACCAAAUUGGGUUUAGUCUCCCAAGAACCCACUCUCUUUGAACGUUCGAUUGCGGAGAACAUAGCCUAUGGCGACAACCGUCGAUCGGUUUCCAUGGCGGAGAUAAUUGCUGCAGCCAAAAGUGCCAAUGCUCAUAGUUUCAUCAUCUCCCUGCCCAAUGGCUACGAUACUCGCAUGGGAGCCAGAGGCACUCAAUUGUCCGGUGGUCAAAAGCAACGUAUUGCCAUCGCCAGGGCGCUGGUGAGGAAUCCCAAGAUCCUACUGCUCGACGAAGCCACCUCAGCUCUGGAUCUGCAGAGUGAGCAGCUGGUCCAGCAGGCCUUGGAUUCCGCCUGCUCCGGGCGAACCUGCAUCGUCAUAGCCCACCGUCUGUCUACCGUCCAGAACGCGGAUGUGAUCUGUGUGAUCCAAAACGGUCAGGUGGUGGAGCAGGGCAACCACAUGCAGCUGAUUUCCCAGGGCGGCAUCUACGCCAAGCUGCACAAGACCCAAAAGGACCAUUGAAUAUUAUCCAAACCUUUUUGUAAUUCUCACCAAAAGCCCAAAUACACUUGUCACCAAAAACUAAAUAAACUACAAUAAAUAAAUAAACUUUUUCUACAACCAUG